GCGGCUGCCCCGGGCCGGACGCCCCUUCAGAGCCGAGGGAAAAGCGCGCGCCCGACGGGAGGGCGGGAUGUGACUUGGGCCGGGGGCCGGGCUGUCCGGGACCGAUCGUAAAACCCAGUUUCCCGCGCUCCCGCGACCCGUCAGGCGCUCAGCUGGGGCGUCCCGGCGUCCGCGAACGGCCUGCGCGCAUCCCCCGGGGGCGCCCGCAGACGCCGCUGGGGGCUCCGACUCCGCAGGGACCGGAAGAGACGACGCUCCGCGGCCCGAGCACCGGCCGCAGGGGGUGACCCCUCCCGGGGCGCGGCUGCAGGGGCAGGGCCCCGCCGGGAAGGCCGUACCGGAGACGAACGCGCACCGCCCGGGGCUCCAGGGCGCGGUUCUCCGCCCUCCGCUGCCUGGAAGGGGCGGCGGGGCCGCGGCGGGGAAGUCCGAGGCCGGCGCGCGGUCGCUCGCGCUCGGCCGACUUCACGGAGGCCCGAGCGGGCGGGAGGGAUGAAGCCGCCACGCGACGGACGCGGGGACGCCAGACACGCGCGCCCCGAGGUCAGCGGACCUGGUCCGCGAGCAGGUCACGCGUGGGCUCCGUCUGUCCGUCCGCCGCGCGCGGUGCCCGACGGGGGAUGCCCGACGGGGAUGCGCGACGGGCUCCGAGGGCUCAGGCCGCAGCCGCGGUCCGCAGCGCGCCGGCUGCCCGGUAGCCUGCGGGAGCUUCCUCGGGCCCGGGCUGCGACGGCUCGGGGGCCCUCGGGUCCGCAGAACGAUCGGUCUCUCUCCAUUUCUCUCCAGGUUUCUGUUCCCAAGUUUGGCAAGAUUCCUUGGCUCAGUGAGGCCAGCCUCGUGAACAAGCCGCUAGUGCUCAGCCUCCCCAAAAGAUAUCCUCAUGCCUCUGCCACUUUUCUGAUUUCAUCCAAGAAGGAUAUGAAUUUGCCUAUUUUGUUUCAAGUUCCAGAUGUCUUAUCUAAGGCCGGGAGGCUCCACAGGAGCCCCGUGCUGGUCAGAAACAAGCAGCUGUGCUCCACUUGUCAAGAGAGAAAAAUGGUACAACCAAGAACUGUGAUAAUUCCUCAUAAUCUGAAACCGUCCUUUGAGAAUUUUAUGACUCAUAGAAUGAUGAAUCUUCAUCCACCAAAAGCCCAGACUGUAGCCAAACAUUCCCAUAAUGACAUCUCAACAGAGAGUGUCCACUACAGACUGCCCAUUCUGGGCCCCAGGACAGCUGUCUUCCACGGACUGCUGGCGGACACCUACGCAACCAUGCAGGAGACUCGACUCUCCUCCUGGCCCAGAAAAGAGCCAGUGGGCAAGACAAUGAGGCAAUGAAUGAGGGGUCGGAGCGCAUCACCUUCCGGACUCACAUAGAGAAAACAAGUUAACCAAGCCAGUUUCUGACAGAUUGGCCUAAUUUCCUCCUGUCACCAAAAAAGUGACUCACUUUUGCUUUCUUGAGAGUUGCUCGAAUUCUACCUCCUGCCACUGUCUUCUCACUCACUUUUCCUAAAGACAAGUGGUUUAAUUUCCGUGACUGUAAAAGUUUAACUGAUUAAAACGGAACAUGUUGAGUGUCAGGUUUUUUUUUGUUUUUUUUUGUUUUUUUUAUGAUUUGUAACUGUGUUGUGGUAGACAACAUCCUUCUGUUUCUAAGAUUUGGGUUUUCUUGCAAAUUAUCUCAGCUCUUCCUCAGGGCAGGGGGCUGGAGAUGGCUCCUGGAGGUCUCUUGUGAGUUCAGCCUAUUGUGAAUACAGGAGAGAAAUGGAGCUCACCCUCCUGUCCUUGCCUCUGUCGGUUACAUGGUAGAUGACCGGAGACUGUGACGUAAUGGGAAAUUGGCAAGUGUAGUGACUACAGUUCCCCGGGACAGGACACGUGCCUUGUCUCGCCCCCCCUCGUUUAGUGCCCUGUGUAUUACCGGAUACUUAUCUGAUCUUUGCUCACUCAUAUCUAAAUCACGUGCUUGCAUUUUGUUCUUUGGUUACUUUGGUUUGAGAAUGUCUACCUUCAGCUCUGUCUUGGUCCACGUGUCAGCAAUGUGAGGGAGACAGAGGAAAACUCUAGGCUUGCAAAUAUUGUAUUUAUAGGCACAAAUGCUCCACAUCCAGCUUAAGGAGGGCCCUAGAAAAAGGGUCUCUUCCGUCCUUUAGGAUGCAGUGGGCUUGUGGAAUCCCAGGACCCUGGCUAAAUGGACACUGGGCCCACAUGUGAGAACCAGAACCAGCCUCUGUGCUGACUGCACUUGGAAGAAUGGGCUUCAGGAAUCAUUCCCAAAUGGCCUGGGACCUAAAUUGACCUUGGUUCUUAAACACACACACACACACACACACACACACACACACACACAUUUAAAAACCAUCCGCCCCCCCCCAAAAAAACCAGAAAAACUCGCUCAGUUGCCCUAUAUUUAUGGUAAGUCAUGAUUCUUGGUUUCAGUUCAGUUAGAGUUCAAUAAAUCCAAAAAUAGUAUGUACUUCCCCUCAGAGUGCGCAGGUAUUAUGAUCCCGCCUCAGAUCACUGCUGAAGGACAGACAGAUCAUGAAUAAAAAUGUUUCUUUCUUCUUUUUUGUUUUGCAAUUUUACGUAUCCCGUAAAAAAAUUCGGGGUACCUUUACCCCUGAAUUAGGGGAA